AUGAACAUGUGUAGAAAAUGUGUUGGUUCUAGGGUUUGUGAGUGUGGUGGACAUAACGGUAAUGGUGUUACAAAUUGGAGUGCUGGUUCGAGGAAACAGCAAAAACAAAAACAACCUAAAAUUCUGAAAAGGGGUCCCGGUGUUGCUGAACUUGAGAAGAUCUUGAGAGAACAAGAGACGACAAGUGAUUUACCAGCAACACAAAGAGGAGACAAUGGAGGGUUUUCGAUUUCGUUGUCAUGGCCGUGUCCGAAUUCGAGUACUUUGAAUUCUCAUGUACCAUCAUUUUCUCCAGCCAUUGGAUCUAUGUAUGGAAACAGUGCUACAUGGGAGCCUAAAUCAAAUCUCAACGAAGUUGUUGAUGGAAGUCAAUCUGAUGAUUCAGCUAUGAUGCAGAUAAAUCAGUUUCAUGGGAAUUUCAUGCCACAGGAUGAACAAAAGAUAGUUGUUGGCAUAACGCAAACUGAUACUUCAUCUUUGGCCAAAUCUCUUACUCCACAGUUCAAUGAAAGUGAUGGUGUUAGUAGCUACAAUCAUACCAACGAGUGUUACAGCACUUUUGAGCUCAAUAACCAAAGGUUCAAUUCUGAAAAUGAUGGCUCUGGUGAUGCAAAUUUUCUACAAUAUGUUGUUUCUGAAAUUCCUCCACCACCUAUGCCUUCGUCUCCAAGUGUUCAUUCUGUUGUACAUGAUGGUAAACCUUUCUUUAACUUCUUAGAAGUGAAGGCUCAAGAAGGGGUGACAGAUGCAACAAGUGGAUCAAGUAAUGAUGGCAUUGAUCUUACGUUAAAGCUUUGA